GAAAAGAGAGAUUUUAAGAGAGAAAGAGAAAGAAGAGUCAGUCAAUCCGCAAAAAGUAUCAACUAACUGGAAUAGACUUCAUUGGCUCAUUUUGAAUUGGAUUUAAUGUCUUACUAAUUACUGUUGUUAAUUUUAAUUUUGACAUGAUGUUUUUGCUUCAAUUGACUUAAACGUGUUAAAAAUGAUAUGAUGACUUAUUGUGAUGUGCUUCUCAAGAGAAUAUGAUAUAUCUAAUGUGCUUAAUUAGAGACUAAAAGAAAGCCUUUGAAGGAAAACAAUGUACAAUAAAGGUAAAAGUUCAACACCACCUUCGGAUACUCAAGCUCGUGAAAAAUUGGCUUUGUAUGUUUAUGAAUAUUUACAUCACAUGGGUGCCCAAAAUGCAGCAAAGUCAUUCCUUCAUGAGAUAAGAUGGGAUAAACAUGUAUCUGUCGGUGACCCGCCAGGAUUCCUUCAUAGCUGGUGGUGUGUUUUUUGGGAUCUGUAUUGUGCAGCACCGGAGAGACGAGAUAACUGUGAACAUUCUCCAGAAGCAAAAGCUUUUUAUGAAUAUGGAUGUGUAAAUUCUGCAUCUUACCCUGUCAAUGGAAUCGCCCAUAAUCCGAAUGCAGCCAGUCCAUUAGGUCAAAUGCCUCCAAAUGAUGGUUUGUCAGGAGGUCCAAUGCCACCCGGCGGUUUCUUCCCUCACCAAAAUUCCCAUAUGAGACCUUCACCACCCCAACAGCCAUCCCAACCGGCACCUCAUCAACAACCUCCCCCUCCUCCACAUGGCCAAAUGAUGCAAAAUCAGCCAUACAUGUCACCCAGGUUUCCCGGCGGGCCGCGGCCUAGUGGAAGAAUGCCUCAACAAGUUGACUUUAACGGUCCACCAGUUUCUAGUGGUUCUGGCCCUGGUACACCUAUCAUGCCGAAUCAAGGUGAUGGAGGUGAAUAUGUCGGUUGGCAAGCUCCACCCGGCUUAGGACAAAUGAAUCACAGAAUGAACCCACCCAGGGGUCAACCAAUGGGUCCAAUGAAUCCUGGAAGUUAUGGAAUGAGACCACCAAAUGCAUCUAUGGGUCCUGGUGUUCCUGGUGGAAUGCCUCCUGGAAUGUCUAUGGGAGGACCAGGACCAGGACCUGGCCCUGGACCCGGACCUGGACCUGGACCUGGACCCGGACCUGGACCUGGCCCCGUUGGCAGACCAUGGCAGCCAAAUACUUCUAAUAUGAAUUAUUCCUCAGCGUCCCCUGGUAGUCAUUAUGGAGGUCCACCUGUAUCGAGUGGCUCAGGCCCACCUGGACCUGGUACUCCUAUCAUGCCAAGUCCACAAGGUUCAGCAGGUCCUUAUUCACCAGCAAGUCAUCGGAUGGGAACUCCUAACACGGGAAGAGAUUCAUCUGGUUCUGGAGGAGAUGGAAUGUAUCCUAUGAUGAAACCUGGCGGAAACAUGCCUGGGUUUCCAAUGGGACCUGGUCAAGGACCUGAGGGGCCGAUGAGCCAAUUGGGGCCUGAUCUCGGUCCACCCAUGUCCUCUGGGGGUAACGGUCUAGAUGGUAUGAAAAAUUCGCCUGCCAAUGGUCCAGGGACACCAAGGGAAGACGGUGUUGGAGGACCCAUGUCAGAUUAUGGUAUCUCUAGUUAUGGGCAAGAAAAUGAUCAAAAUGAAAGUGAGGCAAUAUUGAAAAUUAAAGAAAGUAUGCAGGAAGAAGCAAAAAAAUUCGAGAAGGACACUCCAAAUGAUCAUUCUGAAAAUUUCAUGUCAUUCUGAAGGCACCAAAGGGAAAAAGCUAAAGGAUUAACUCGAAAUGAAUGAAAAGUGACAGCAUUAAGACAACAUCAUCAUCAACAACAACACAAUGAUAGAAACUACUAUUUAUAUCAAAUGAAAGAGAAUUAUCAAUUCACAACCAUUUUUUGAAAAAAAAACUUACAUUCAACAGUGUUGAAUCAAACCAACCGACACCAGCACCACCAGCAACAACAACAACGCGCAUCAUCAUCCAUUCAUCUCUCUCUCUCUCCUUUCUGUCACUUCAUCCUCUCUUCCUCCUCUUUCGCAUUCUCUUUCUCGUUCUGGUUCCAUUUUUUGUUGAAAGUCUCCAUCUCUUUCUACAUCUCUGUCUUUCUUCGCCAUCUUUCUCCUCAUCUUUUGCUUUAUUUUUCUGUUUUUUCUCACCCUUUUUUACUUUAUUCCUGUCUUUCGCACUUUCCUCUUCUUAACCUAUUGUACAGUCACUCUUUUCCCUUCUUAUACUUACUUUCCCCCUCUUAUAUUUUGACUCAGCAGCGCCAUCUUGUCCUCUCUGAUGUUAAUAUUUUCAUUCAUCAUCAUUUUUAAAUCCCAUCACAUCCAGAGUUGGCGAUUACAUCACCAGAUGACUCUGACUACGUCGAAAUGAAACCCUGAGAACCAAAUCCCGAUUUAAUUUCCUCAGGCAAUUAAUGGAGAAGGAGAAAGCAAACUUGACCAGUAACUUCGGUAUUUAAUUUCUUCAUAUAAUGAGUCUGCUAAUUGUUCAAUUUAAGUAUUAAUAUUUAUAAAACACCUUUGAAACUUACAAUGUACACGAUAAUUUAAUUACCGAAGAUAUGGAUUGAUCGGUUAUUUACAAGAAACAAUUCAAAAUUGUCUCUUGUCCAUCAGAAUGAACCACUUUUCCUCUUUUAAAUUAAUUUUUGAAUUUAUAUUAUCUGAUAAAUUCAAGCAAAGAUAAAAAAAUCAAUUUCGUAACAAUUUACAAAAAAAAUUCAUUAAUUCACGUUAAAUUUGUGGUCAUCUGAAAAUUCCAACAAUUUCCGGUCAAUUUUUUUUAAAAACCAAACAUGUUAUCAUAAGAAGAACGAUGAAAACAAAAUUAACAUUCAAACAAAACAAAACAAACAACCCAAUUAUGUUCAAUUACUAUCUUCUAAUCAAAUACCUUCUAUCCUUUUCAAGUGAUCAACUGACUCAAAUUUAUCCUUCAAAUAAACAGAUGAAAAGCAUUUCACGUUUAAUAACUAUUCAGAAUUUAUCUGUUUAGCUAUGAUCAAUUAAAAAGUCUCCAAAUUCAUUAA